AUGACCGAGAGUACAAACAACGCGACGCAGCAUCAUCGCUCAGCCUGCACCGAGUGCCAGCGGCGCAAGCAAAAGUGCAACCGGGAAUGGCCGUGCAAUCAUUGUCAAAAACGCAAGGUUGCCGACAAAUGCAGCUUCGCCUCUGGCGCUGCGCAACCCGGCCCCGAAAGGGGCUCGAUUCAACCUGCGACUCGGAAGCGUCCGUUUAGCCAUGAGCCAUACCCAGAGACCGCAACAUCCAGUCCUUGGGACGACUUUGGCUCCGACUUUGAGUCCUUGGGAUAUACGGCAUCCCACCUCUUUGCUGGUCUCAGUACAAAUCAGACGCGGAAAAGCAAGGCCGUGCCCAAAUCGUACAACCAGUACUACUUGGACGCAUCCUCAUGCCCGCAGCUCAAGCGCGCCUUGCAGCUUCUCCCCCCGCGGCCUUACACAGAUUCAAUGGUCCAGAAUUUUCUCGACAACGUCAACUUUCACUUCUACAUACUCUAUCCGUCUUCAUUCCUCGACGAGUAUCGCACUUGGUGGUCUCUCCGUUCAGAGAACCGCCCCCUUGGAUUGCAAUGGACAUGCCUGCUGCUCAUGGUAUGCGCCUGCUCCACGCAGUAUACCGACGUGGAACUUGAAAGAAAGCUCGAGAUGGAUCUGGGAUCUCCUACAAGGAAGCUUUCUGAACAGUACCACAACGCAGCACGCGAACUACACAGCGUCAUUCCUGUGGGAAACAACCAUCUGCUCAACGUCCAAGCGCUGCUGCACUGUAGCUAUUGGUGCCAGUCCCAAGGUCAGUUCGUAGAAGGCUGGCAUGUUCUGAGCGCCGCCAUUCGAGAAGCGCAGGAGCUGGGCAUUCACCAGGAAACGGUGACUGGGCACAUGUCCGAGUUUGAUCGAGAAAUGCGGAGAAGGAUUUGGUGCAUCCUUGAUACUUGGGACUGGCAAUUAUCUGCUUUGCUAUCGAGGCCGGCAAUCGUUGACCGUACCGACUGUGACGUUGGACUUCCUGUCCUCACGUUGGAGGGCUACUCGCCGUCCCCCUUGCUUCACAUGAAACUCUUCUCAGAGGCCAUCAGGCUUGUAUCGAAACGGUUCGGAACGACAAAGAACAUUGUGCAACCCGCCGACGUACAAGAAUACCAACGUAUUUUGGAAACGUGGAUGAGUACGUUCCCGCCGCCGUAUCGGUUUCAUCAUUUUGAUGAAAGCAAUGACUCGUCUCGACCUUGGAUUGUGCUGCACCGUCAUUGCCUUCGCACCAUGUCCUUGUCCAUGAUGCUCGAACCUUUCAGGGCUUACCUGACCAAGCCAAUGUCGAUGCAAUCGCGGGGCGAAGAGCUCAUGGUUCGCAGCGACGGUAUCGACUAUGCACUGAUGUUGAUGGAUGCUUUGCAUCGGUUCUUCGACCAUGUUUUCCCGCGCGACGCAGAGUUCCACUUUGUCCUCUUUUGCAUAUUCGACACCGCCGCCGUUCUCUGCGCAGCCCUCAUGCACGACCAGGAUCUGAGCAUACCCCGGAGAGACGACAUGAUCGAGGCCAUCGACGGCGCCGUCGCAAUGUUGAAGCGACUAAACAAUGUGACGAGAACAGCAAGGUCGUCUUACCAGGUCUUGGUCAAGGUUGCAGGGCGAAUAGCUCGGCCCACCCCGGCAUCGAGAAGAGGCUCCGAUUUCCCGAGGCCGGGAUCCAAGGUGAAGGAUCUCGCCCUGACACCGCCUAGUAUGAGCAAAGCAGAACUCGCCGUGGCCAGCGACGCCGAUCCCGCAUCUGCGGACUCGCACGCACACUACACCACGCCGCCGAACGAACCCUUCAUGUAUCAAGCUCCAGCCCCGCAGUCAACGUCGUCCUCGUACUACUACAACAGCAGCGACGGCUCGGCGCUGUAUGCUCCGCCUACUACAAUGGCCCCCAUGUUCGACCGCUCCGUCUUGUCGCAACCGCAACCAUUCGAUGGAAUGCCCAUGACUGGAUACGGCGUGGAGUAUCCAGCGAUGUACAUGGAGUAUCCAGCGAUGUACAUGGACAUGACGACGCCAUGCGCGGACGACCUAUACAGCGCCGUCAAUCUGGGACCGAUAUCUGAAGGCGAGCUGGGUGACUUGGCAGCGUUGUGGAACUAUGAGAGCCUUAAUCUGGGCUUCAUCAACCCUGGCUAA